AUGAUUGCCAUGUUUGAUGAAGAUGUUUCUCUUUUUCUUUUGAAAAACUCGACAUAUUUUCUGGACCCCUCGAUCAAUCAGCUUACCAAAGUCCAAACUCCGAGGCUUUUUGAGGACCCAAUCGAUUUCGACUCCGAAUCUGAAAUAAAAGAAUACGCAGUCAAAUUGGAGCUUUUCAAAUCAGUUAAUGGAUUGAACGCUCUCUGGAAAACCCUGCUCCAGAAGCAUGCUUUGAAACCUCUGGUGUCCUUUGUCUCCAAUUUGAUCCUGAUACUGGCCAUUAAAAGCCUGAAAUUUGAAGAAAUCCAGCUUUUGUUAAAUGCAGACGGAAACCCAGAGCCCUUGAUGUUGCCAACUCAUUAUGAACACUCGGAAAACUUUGUCGUUUUUAAACAAUGGAUGGACGAGUAUAAUUUGAUGGAAAGGUUUGAUAUCCGCCGGUUUUCCUUCCUGGUCUUUGAUGUCUUGUUUUCAAAAUUCUUUAGCAUUGGGGAAAAAAGGUCCAUCCUGAUACCAUAUAUUCACAUCCUGAAGGAUUUCUUGUUGCUAAAUGGCCCUCCGAAGUGUGAGCAGCCCACUCGGCGAAUGUUCAGACUAAUAUUGGGCUGCCUGACAAACAACAAUAUCUUAUCUCCUCAAACGAAUGGAAUUUCAGGCGCUCCUUAUUUAAGUAUUGCUGGCAUCAUCUCCGGAAAUAGUACAAUGGUAACUGCCCAAAACAGAUAUUCUUUUAUCUAUCAAAAUUUGUUUGAGCCCAACGGUGACUUUGAUAAAGGCGGCCUCAUUGAUGGGCGUUCCAUUGCUCUGCUUUGCAAGUGGAUAGUGGAGAACUUUAUUCAUGACCCAAGGACUUUAUCCGCAUCAUUGGAGCAGGUCUAUUAUCUUUAUAUGCGAUCCGUAGAAAGGUCCCAUGUAAAUCAGCCGCAUUUGGUUGACCAUGCAGAGCUAUCUUUCCUACUUUUUUUGUGUAAAACAUUUGUCAACCAGAAAUACUUUUCGGAGGCAUACCAUGUGCUAAGACUAUCGAUUCCAAAGAUUUCCUCGAUAUUUGAUCGGCAUUUGUCGAAAAACAGCUGCAGCCCCCUGAUCAAAGAGUAUCUAGACAUUAUGACUCGGGUGAUAUUGAUACUUUCCACCAUUUUUGACAAUGUUUCCAGAGAAGGAUUGUUGAGGGUUUCUCAUUCUCAUGUUAACAAUUCAAAUCGAAGCCCGCCCAAUAAAAAUACUGCGCCUGGCCCGCGUCUCUUUUCCUUUGAGAGGUUUGAUCCGAACAUUCCAAUGAGAGGGUCAACGUUUCUUUCUCUUUUAUUUUCCGACAUGAACGAUUUUUCCACCAUGCUAUUCAAAUUGGAGAGUUUGCACCCGGGUGUUUAUGCCUGCAUUUCUGGCGUCGAGGAUUUGCUGUGCGCCAAAAUGAGGCUGUACAUAGCGAUUUUUCCAUCUUUGUUAAAUUUUUCAUACAAUUGUGCCCUCUCCUUUCUUACCAGUUUAAAGGAUGAAGAACACUUUUUCACGAAAAUCAAGACAUCAAACAUUGAUCUUCCGUACCGUCCUACCGUUCAUUCUUUAAAUUUCAUUCUAGGCAUAGCGUCCUUGCCGAAAUCCAUAGGCUCGGCAAAUAUGAAGGACCUUGUUUUUACGCACAUUUUUAAAGAGACAAAUCCACCUUCAAUUUCCAAUUGCUCAAGUAGUAGGCCCCAUGUUUACCGCCUUUUUGAUGUAAUCAAUUCCCUUCUAUCUCCGAGAUCUUCUUUUUCAAAAAAGGUGGUCGCUUCUCUUUUGGAAUAUCAGAUAAUGCCGAAUCUGUAUACAAUUUGCUACUUUUGCAGGGGCUCAUUCGCCCUUUUAAUUAACUCUUGGAUUUCCAACAAAGAUCUUGAGCAAUCAACUUCAUAUGUUACCUCCUUUAUAUGCCGCCUAAUUGAACGUCCCGAAAUCUUGGGCUACAUGGCCCCCGAUUACCCGUUAAACACGUUUACCCUUCCUAUUGAAUAUGAGGUUGUCGAGUUUCCCUUUCUUAGUUUAGCAUCUCAAUUUCUAUUUUUAUUUAGGGGCCAUUCUUUUUAUGCAAAAGCACUCAACAUCUAUUGUUCAAUCCUUGGGAGGGCUUUAACGUGCCCAUUGCCCUGGGACGAGCAUUAUGAUUUUAGAUACAAUUUCGUUGUCCUGUACUAUUCAUUCUUAUCACAAUGGGAAGUUUUGCCAAAUAACACGCCAAUUGCCACUUUGGUCCCUCUUAUUUGGUCCAAAAUAACCGAGUUCGUUAGCCAAAGUGCCACGCCCAUUUUCCCUGUGUGCCCCGAAAUUUUCUCCCACAAGGAUGCCAAUUACCAGGCCGAUGGCUGUGAAAAUAGAAUCAUUGAGCAAGUUUCGAAAUCAAUUUCGGAGUACAUUAAGACGGUGUCAAUUUCUGAUGUUAGAAGCUGGAUUUUCGAACUGCAGGUUGGCGGGGUUACCACGGUUGGCGAGAUGCGUAACAUACCAAAAUCGGCCAUGCUCGCUUCGUUUGCAAAUGUCCCCCCCGAAGCUUGCUAUUUAAUCUUGAAUUUCUGUGUCAAACCGACGUCCAGUGUUGAGCAAAUUCCCUUCAACACUUCCAAGAAACUUUAUGCACAUUAUUGUCCUGUAUUGAACACCAAAUCAGGGCGCUACAUUUUAACGAGCCAAUUUGCUUCAACGUGA